UUCUGGCUUUGCUGGUUCAACCCUUGUUAACGUUAUUGUGCCCUGAAAAAAAAAGAACCGACAUACUUUUUUUUUGUCAACCACCAAACUUACACACAUAUAUACACAACAGCACAACCUUGGGGGAGGAAACACUUUGAUUCUUUUCUUUUUCUGCCUAAAGAAACGACGAUUCAAGGACAAGACUGUGUUUCGACAAAAGAACAAAAGGAAGAACAACCUUUCCUCAUCCCGUUAAAUAUACAUUCCAUAACAACGUUGCCUUUGCUCACUCUUUCUUGGCGCGGUAAAACCGAGGAUUUUAUAUUGCUUGAAAACAAGAAUGGCAACAACCUCCCCUACAGCAUCAUCGCAUAAUUUGUCGUCCCCGACGUCCACCAGAACGUCCAUGACCUCAUCCCAAGCAACAAGCGCAGUAUUUGUGUUGAACGCUCUGGAUAAAAUUGCCAACACGAAAGAAGGUCGAAAGAACAAAAACUUAAAAGAAGUCGUAUUAAAUGCCCAACAAAUGCUGAAAACGGGUGAGGAUCCACCAGAGGGUCAGACUCGGUCGACUGUAAUUCUAUCUGCUUUGCAAGCAGCUAUUGAUACACGUUCAGCAAAUCUUAUGACGAUCGCUCUCGACUGUCUGGGCAAAUUUAUCACAUAUAACUAUUUGGCUGAUAUCGAGGAUGAGGCAACACAAUCACAAGUCAUGGAGAGAGUCGUGGAUAGCAUUUGUGAUUGUUUUAUUGGCGAGGAAACGGACGAGAAGGUCCAAUUACAGAUUGUCAAGACAUUACUUGACGCCGUAUACUCUUCGAACAAUCCUAUUCAUCAAUCCGCCUUAUUAAAAGCCGUCCGGACGACGUACAACAUCUUUUUAUUAUCACGCAACAGCGCCAACCAGAACAUUGCUCAAAUCACGUUGACGCAAAUGGUCGACCACAUAUUUAGACGAAUUAAAGUCAACUCGCUACCCGUUUAUACUGGUACAGCCGUCAGCACCACCUCAUUAAACGAUGUGUCUCCACGAAAUGUUGAAAAUACCGCUGCUGCCAAGAGUACAUCAAAUGACACAGUUGAAAAAAUUGGGCAGCAACAAGAGGAAGAAGAAGACACGUCUUUUCAACAGCAAAUUAUUGUCGAAGCUAGCAUGGCACGUAGCGAAAUGGCUCGCAAAUUGCCAUCUGGAAAAGCAAAUGAUAAUUCAGAAGAGUUUUUGAACGAUACCGCCAACGUCUUCCAGGAAGAGCACGUGGAAUCUGGUGUUCUAACAGAAAAGUCGCUACCACAACCGCCACAGAAUGCGGAUGAGAAACAAGGCAACGAGACAGCAGCUAUGGAAGUGGAGGCUUCGGAAAAGAUUGACGAGGAGAAUUCCGUUACAGCGAAUGGAGGAGAUUGUGACGCUACCACGAGUCGGGGUUCCUUUGAGAAUGAAGGUGUGCAUGUGGCAACCUCUGUAGAAACCGAGACAGACUUGUACAUCAAGGAUUCUAUCCUUGUAUUCCGAGCGUUGUGCAAAUUGUCUAAGAAGCCUAUUUCCUCUGAAUGGGGCAACGAUAUGCGCUCGUAUUCAAUGAGAUCCAAGUUGUUGUCGCUUCACUUGGUUUUGACAAUCCUGUCAUCCCAUAUGAAUGUAUUUACAUCUCCAUCCGUGGUUUUUACGGCAACCUCAACCGAGUCAUCUGUGCAUCGAGUGAACCCUUUUAUCCAAGAAGUGAAGCAAUACCUUUGUCCAAGUCUUGGAAGAAACGCAUUUUCUGUGGUUCCACAAGUUUUCGACAUUACACUUGAAAUCUUAUCCAAAGUCGUACAGAGUUUGCGAGUCUUCCUAAAGAAAGAAAUUGAGGUAUUUUUCCGCGAGAUCUUUUUGCGGAUUUUGGAAAUGCGCACAGCUUCAAUGCAACAGAAGCAUUCGCUACUCAAGAUCGUCCUACGAAUAUGUAAUGAUCCACAAACCCUGGUCGAUGUAUACCUCAAUUAUGAUUGCGACGAGGCUUCUCUGGACAACAUUUAUGAGCGCUUAGUGAAUAUUUUGUCCAAAAUCACGACCACCCACUCCGCACCGCAUAACAACAAGGACCAUGACACCCACUCUUCCUCGUCCAACACGUCGAGCCAAUCGCACAACAAACACUCCAAAUCAGUCAUGAUCCCACCUCCUUUGACCACCGACACUGUUCAGUCCAACGACAGGCAAGCUAGCCAGGGGGUUCCGCUACCAGAGUCUGCGAUACGCUACAGAUCGCUAGAAUGUCUUGUUGCUGUCCUGCGUUCGUUAGUAAGCUGGUAUACAAACGGUUCCGUAAGCGUAUCAGCUGGAGCCAAAGCAGACGAUGACCAAAGUUCGGGAAACACGCCGCGAGAGAGCGAAGAUAUUCGACAGUCCACCGAUCGUCUAACCAGCCACAGUAACUCGUCCGCAGCACGGUUAUCGCCUAAUAUUGACCCCAAUGCUGAUAGCAGUAAUAAUAACCUAAAUGGCAAUGGCACAGGGGAGAAUACACCAUCACCGCCAUUAGACGAUCCAGAGCAAUUCGAAAACUUGAAGCACCGAAAACGGGUCUUACAGGAAGGCAUCCGACAAUUUAACUGGAAGCCGAAGAAGGGUGUUCAAAUACUUGCUCAUAAUGGGUUUUUCAACAUUGACGAUCCCCAGGAAGUUGCUCGCUUUUUGCUUAAUACGGAAGGAUUGAGCAAAGCAGUAAUUGGUGAAUUUUUGGGUGAAUACGAUGAGGUAAACGUAGCUAUCAUGCAUGCGUUCGUGGAUGAACUAGACUUUGGCAACAUGAAUUUCGUGGAUGCACUUCGACAUUUGCUCCAAACUUUCCGUUUGCCAGGAGAAGGCCAAAAGAUUGAUCGCUUCAUGCUCAAAUUUGCCGAACGCUAUGUGCAUUUCAACCCCAACGUAUUUGCAAAUGCCGAAACUGCAUAUGUUUUGGCAUAUUCAGUGAUUAUGCUGAACACUGAUCUCCACAGUCCACAUGUGAAGCGACGCAUGACCUUGAAUGACUUUAUCAAGAACAACCGCGGUAUUGAUGAUGGUUCUGAUAUUUCAACCGAGCUCCUGGAAACAUGUUUCGAGGAAAUUCAGAACAAUGAAAUCAAGCUCAAGGAUGAAGUUGAAGCUGCUCAAGAUGCUGCAUUGCUUACGGCGCCUGGCGGUGCACUAAACAUGAUGGGCUUGCAGAAUGCCUUGGUCAGUGCUGGUAUUGCCCGUGAUGUACGACGAGAGGCAUAUCAAGCAGCCACUGAAGAGAUGGGCUCCAAGACCGAGGCUGUGUUCCGCAACAUGCUCGCAAGUCGACGACGAGCAGGUGAGAAUGAGACGAUCACCUUUUACAGUGCAUCGCAUAUCGAGCACGUUCGACCCAUGUUUGAGGUGGCAUGGACCGCAUUUUUGGCGGGUAUUUCAGGACCGUUACAAGAGUCCGACGACCUCGAUACAGUGCAACUUUGCUUGGAAGGUUUCAAGACUGCCAUUCGCAUCAUUUGCUUGUUCCACACAGUCGAGUCAGAAGAUGUCGAGCUUCAGCGUGGUGCGUUUGUUACAACGCUCACCAAGUUCACGUUCUUGUCCAACUUGAACGAAAUGAAACCAAAGAACGUUGAGGCUAUUCGCACGCUGUUAGAAGUGGCUGCAGUAGAUGGAAAUUAUCUCAAGGCUAGCUGGAAGGAGAUCUUAUCGACCGUCAGCCAGUUGGAACGAUUCCAGUUGAUCACGAGUGGCGUGGAUCAAGGCGCUUUACCAGACUUCACCACCAAGCGUCCUCCUCAGCAAAGUGCCAUGACCAAGAACUCUGUCGAUCUCUCUCGUCGAUCCUCCUCCUUCAAUUAUUCCCGCAAAGCAUCUCGAGGUGCUAGCCAGCUCUCUGUUACAGAAGAAGUCGCGUCUGCAGGCAGUUCUCAGUCACUCGUACUGGCAGCUGAUAAGCUAUUUACAGCCACCGUCAAUCUCAGUGGAAAAGCAAUUGUCGACUUUGUCAAGGCACUCUGUGAAACGUCUUGGGAAGAGAUCGUAUCCUCUGCCCAUUUGGAACAUCCACGCAUGUACAGCUUGCAAAAGCUGGUGGAAAUCUCAUACUACAACAUGAACCGUAUCCGUAUGGAAUGGUCAAAUAUUUGGGCUGUGCUAGGUGAAUACUUUAACAAGGUUGCCUGUCAAUCCAAUUUCAAUGUGGCCUUUUUUGCGCUGGAUUCGCUUCGACAGCUAUCCAUGCAGUUCUUGGAAAAGGAGGAAUUACCGCAUUUCAAGUUCCAAAAGGACUUUUUGAUGCCUUUCCGCGAAGUGUUAGCGAACAACCCAGAUGUUGCAAUAAAAGAUAUGGUUCUGCGCUGCCUAUCACAAAUGAUACUUGCCAAGGCACAAAAUAUACGCUCGGGUUGGAAGACAAUGCUUGCAGUAUUUGCCACUGGUGCUCGAGAAACAUCCGAAACGAUCGUUCAAAUGACUUUUGAUAUUGUCCGAAGUGUAACAACUGAACGCUUCAAUGACAUUGUGGCAAACGGAACAUUCCCGGAUUAUAUUUCGUGUCUCACCGAGUUUGCAAAGAAUAAGAAAUUCCAAAAGAUAAGUUUACCAGCGCUUGAUAUGAUUCAGGAUACCAUACCCCGUAUGCUCAGCAUUGCAGAAAAGAACAAGACAAUUGAGAUCACCGAUGCACAUGUCUCAGGCCCACAGACAGUGCAAUCUGGAGACGACUUUCUGGUCAAGUUCUGGUUUGCUGUUCUUUUUGGCUUCAGAGAAGUCACCAUGAACAGUGACGACGUUGAAGUGCGCAAAAGAUCGCUCCAGUAUCUGUUCGAUACGCUCAAGCAACAUGGCUCGCGCUACCCUGCUGAGUUUUGGACUACGAUCUCCCGACAAAUUGUGUUCCCGCUAUUUGACAACCUCAAGCAGGAUUCUGUGCAUCAUCGCAACAUGUCUCCCGAAGAUCUUAGUGUCUGGGUAUCCACGACCAUGAUUGAAGCUUUGCGCAAUGUUGUUGACCUUUACACUUACUAUUUUGACAAUAUGAAAGGAAUGAUGCGGCAUGUCCUGGGUCUUUUUGGAAUUUGUAUCACCCAAGAUAAUGAUACCCUCGCACGCAUUGGCUGCGAAUGCCUUGAGCAAUAUAUUGAAUCCAACGUGGAGAAGUUUGACAUCCAAUGCUGGGACCUUGUCACGGAAACGUUUGACAACUUGUUUGAAAAGACCACAGCAUAUGGUCUGUUUGAAGACACCAAGGAUCUUGUGGACAAGGUCAAGGUUAUGUCGAUGAACGAAGGCCAGUCCGCUAGCAAUUUUGAACUUCCUAGUCAGGAAGGAGCUGGUGUGAUGGCGGGCCAAGCCGAGGUUAGCGAAGAGCGACAGCGUGGAUUUCAACAAGUCAUUGUCAAGUGUGUGCUGCAGCUUAUGUUGAUCCAAACCGUCAAUGAGCUGCUUGGCAAGGACACUGUGUAUUGUGCAUUUCCUGCCGGUCACUUGAUGGACCUGAUGGAAUGCCUGGGUCGAUCGUUCCACUUUGCCAAACAUUUCAAUGAAGACAGCGAUUUGCGUAUGGCGCUGUGGCGAUUUGGUUUUAUGAAGCAAUUGCCUAAUCUGCUGAAACAAGAAACGUCAAGUGGUGGCUGCUAUGUUUCAGUGUUAAUGCGCAUGUAUGCUAACCUGGAGAACAUCGGCGACCGUGAUGAACGCCGUGAUGAAAUAGAAAAGACGCUGAUACCGUUAUGUAACGAGAUAUUCACACUGUACACCGAACUCGAUCAUGAGACUAAGCCCAAAAACAUUGCCGCAUGGACACCCGUUGUAAUUUCCAUCCUCAACGGAUUAGCUCAGCUUCAGGACGAAGAUUUCCUGAAGCACGUGCCACAGUUCUAUCUGCCAGCGGUGGAGCUGCUUGGACAAGAGCAUAUGCUACCUGAAAUCCGCGGCGCACUGCGCACCUUACUUCUCCGUGUAGGCCGAACUUACAAGAUUACUACCACUAAUACUACUACCGCCCAAUAGUUUGCAUGCUAUCAGUCCCUCUAUCCAAAAAACCCCCGCUCCAUCACCGUUUAUUUAUAGAUAAGAAGAAGCUCCACCCCAUUUUCCCCGCAAUAAUAGUGUUAUUAUGUAUUUUAUCUCCAAAUUAUUGGAUUUUUGUUUUUAAGGGAAGCUUACUUAAAGAACACUGUUUGAAUGAUCUCACGAGGGACGGAUUAUGUAACAGUCUGCAGGCGUGGAAAACCGGG